AUGAGACUUUCUCAAGCAUCCAAGACGUAUCUUGACCUUCCAACAUUCGCGGAGCCAGGCGAGUACAGCAUCGUGAUCUGCGCGGAUGACGACGAAUAUGCCGGGAGGUCCAAGGUCCUGCAGAAGUUCGUGUCCAACGAUGAUCCCGGUAACGCGGCAGACAAUGAUGGGCGCUGCCGCAAGCUGAUGGACAUCUCGGGCGCGGCCACGGCCAUCGAGCUCUUGGAGCUCGGCCCGGAGACGGACACAGCGAUGCUCAGGUACCAGGUCGAGUACGCCGACGCCUUUGCGUUUGUGUUCAGUCUCUACUCACCCAAGACGCUUGAGACCGCCCAGAAGCUGCGCGACAAGGUCGCGGGUGCGGCUAGGAAUCACCACAACAUCAUCACCAUGUCUGACUAUGAGAGGCCCGGGAUGACGGUGCCCGUGUUCCUCAUAGGGAACAGGGACGAAGACCUGGCUCCUCCGCAGGAGCUUGAGGAGGGCGACUUCUCACCGACGGCGUUCAACGAGAACGCCGAGGCAGAGCUGAGAGCAGUGAGGGAGAAAGGGCGGGCCGUGGCUCAGGAGUGGAAGUGUGCCUAUUUCGAGGUCGACACGUCCAAGAGCGGGGAGCACGGCGUCGACGAGGCGAUCACUGGCAUUGGGCACAUCAUCAAGGCGGCAGAGAGACCAUCCACCUCGUCCACAGCAUCCUUCCGGACGCCCAUGAAACCGCCCAAACAGUACAGGAUACGGCGCUUCCUAGGGCGGAUGAGCAGGAUGACGAGCUUCAGUAAUUGA